CUACAUAUAUUCACAAUUUGUAGGUAGUACAAGAACUGAAAAAUAAUUUUUGGUUGCCAGUAUACCUGUAGUCGUUGCACUGAUCAGUCGAUAGUUUUGUGAUAAAUUAUUUCUCAAGUGAAUUAAAUUAUUAACCAUGGGACGUGAUUCUAGAAAGGUUUCAAGAGAACUUCGGAGUUCUGAAAAAAUUAAUAAGUCGCGUUCAGUCAAAAGAAAGAAUGUUUUUAAUCCGAAAACAGCCGAACGUGAUGAAAGUAUUCAGAGUACAUCUUCUAAAAAAUUAAAACAAAACACUGAAGAUGAUGUACCUGAAGACAGCAGUACUGAAUUUCGAAUAAUAAAUUUUAUUCAGGUAUUCACUGCAAUUUCUGCUCUUAUAAAAUGUAAAAAAUGUGAUGGAAAUGUAGUGUUUCAAACAGCAAGUACACGUGGGCUGGGAUUCAAAAUUGUAGUUGCAUGUAAUAACUGUGGAAAUGAAUAUAUUCCUUCCUGUUCUUUCGUUGGGCAUUCUUAUGAAAUAAACAGACGUUUCAUUUUUGUAAUGAGAAUACUAGGAAUAGGAUACGAAGGAUUGUGCAAGUUUUGCGGCCUGAUGGACAUGCCGUCUUUUUUAGAUAAAUCUACGCAUACAAUUUUACUGAAACAGAUUUUGAAUUGUAGUAAAGCCGUCGCAGAAACCUUCAUGACGAAAGCUGUGAAUGAAGAAAAGCAAGCAAUGCCAACAACUGAAAAUGAAGAUAUAAAUCAUCUAACUGUAUCGGGAGAUGGAACCUGGCAAAAACGGGGAUAUACAUCGUCAUUUGGAGUUUCUUCUAUAAUUGGCUAUUUUACUGGAAAGAUUCUUGACAUAAACAUUAAAAGUGCAUAUUGUAAGCUAUGUGAGUAUUGGAAAAAAAAAACAAAUACUGUUGAGUUCGAGGAAUGGUAUCAAUCGCAUGAAGAUGUGUGUUCUGCUAAUCAUCAAGGGUCUUCUGGGAAAAUGGAGGUGGAUGCGAUGGUCGAAAUGUUUUCGUAUUCUGAAACUAAAUAUGGAGUUAAGUAUGCCAACUAUAUUGGUGAUGGUGACUCCAAGACCUAUUCAGGAAUUAUAAAAUCAGAUCCUUACGAAAAUACAACUGUAAAUAAAAAGGAAUGUAUAGGGCAUGUCCAAAAGCGGAUGGGGAGUCGAUUACGUACGCUGAAGAGUAAACAAAAAGGUCUUGGUGGUCGAGGUAAGCUCACAGGAAAAUUAAUAGACAAACUAACUGUGUACUAUGGUUUAGCAAUACGCCGGCAUUGUGAUUCUAUUGAAAAUAUGAAAUCUGCUAUAAUGGCAACCUUUUAUCACUACGGCUCGAGUGAUGAAAAACCGAAUCAUGAUAUGUGUCCAAAAGGCGAAGAAUCUUGGUGCUCUUACCAGCGCGCUGAAGCAAGAGGAGAGCUUGAUACCUUUUCUCACGAUUAUUCUCCUUUACCUUCUGAUGUUUUAAAAGCUAUCAAGCCUAUAUACGAAGAUCUUAGUAAUGAAAAUUUACUUUCAAGAUGUGUAGGUGGAUUCAAUCAGAAUAAUAAUGAAAGCUUUAACCAACUAGUAUGGAAAAUAUGCCCAAAAACGGUAAAUACUAGUUUUACCAUCGUACAAAUAGCUGCAUACGUUGCUAUGUGUAUAUUUAAUGAGGGUAUAAAUUCAUUAUUAGUCUUGAUGAAUACACUAGGACUUAAUUGUGGGCCUAAUUCUCAUCGGUAUGCAGAAAGAAUGGAUGCUGCACGUAUCAAAGUAGCAGAUAAGCGCGCUAAUGAUAACACCCGAGAAGGUCGAUUGCAACGUAGGCACCAGCAAAUCGAUAUUUUGGAAGCUGCUAUGUCGGCUGAAGAGCUAUUAUAUGGUCCAGGAAUAGAUGACUCAGUAUGAAUCUCCAAGGACUUAUGAUGAUCACCGCAAAGGACUUCGGGAGGAACGGGCUCUACAAAAACAGCGAUAACUUUUUGAAUUAUUAAUUUUUUUUUUUGAAAUUUUCGUGAAGUCAAAUCGAAACGUGUUCUAAUAAAGCUAUGUUUUUAUUUUUGUCAAAUAAAGUAAUUAACUACAAAAAAAAAAUUAUUGAAAAUCAUCAU